AUGGAUGCGCGCACCGACUUCAGCGGCUGUGGGGUCUGCGGAAAAGCGACAAAAGCGAAACAUUUGGGAACUAAUGUAAGUCUAGGUUCCCUUUUUGCGGUUGUUUUGAAAAAAUUUCGUCACUUUUUUAUAAACAAGUCCUGUAGUUAGUAAUGAAAGUUUCAUAAAUUAAACUUGGCAGUAGAAGGGCUGUAAAGCGGUUAGGGAUGAAAAGUUAUAUCAAAUUUAAGUAUUUAUAUCAGACAUUUAUGCAUAUAAAUAAGUAAACCACGAGAGAGUUGGGCAAACGGGUGUCACUCUAUCUCUUCGUAUAGUAGAUGUUCUUCAUGACUUUUUUUACUCUCUUUUUAACCAUCUAAGGUUGCAAUAGGGCCCUCACCAGGUGGGCCAAAAAAUCGUAUUAUGAUUGCGCCACUUUACACAGAUUUUGUCAUUUCUCUACAAACGGUGGCAAUGCAUUAUCUGACUGCCGGAAAAAUAGUGUUGAUUUGCAGCAGAGAAGUGUCUCGCCUUGCGGCGGUCGCGCCACCAAAUCUUCUGCAGUGGCUAGCCGUCGUAAGGCGACGAUGAGCGAUUCCAAUGCGCGAUGGAUCCACAUUAUUUUCCCGACAGAAUGAUAUAUAAUAAAAUUCAUAGUGCGCCCUGACCGUGCAAGGUGUAAAACUUAAAGUGCUGCAGUCUACAGCCAUUGGUCAUCAAGUAACAAUUCUCGUUCCAGGCGUGCCGCGCUUGCGCCUCGUUUUUCAAACGCGCCGUCAUCGAAAACAAGCGCUACAAGUGCAAAGGAGGCCAAUUCAGCUGCAAUGUCCGCAACUGUAAGCUCCCUGUCCCUUUUAUUUUUUUUCAAAUUUUAGUGGACGACAAAACCCUGCCUUGUAAGGCGUGCAGAUACCUGAAAUGUCAAGAACUAAUGAUUCAAAUAAAUUGUAAGCUUUUGUAACUUGAUGAAUGAAAAGGUUUCGGCCCACUUAAAAGAUGUAUAGGCCGUACAAUUUUAUUGUUUCAGUAAAUGAAACAAUCUACACUCGGAAUGGCCUCUACAGUGGGAACAAUAGAGGCGCCGACUACUCAUCUGUACCUGCCCUUAGACGCAUGGUCGAAGGCUAUGACGUUUAUUGCGACCAUCAGCUCGAGAACAUCAAGAAAAUGCAUCCCAACAUCGACUUCACAAUGGGAACGGUAAUUUUCGCCACUCUUAAGCAUUUUUUGAAAAAAAAUAUUACUAAAGCCAAGUAGUUUCUAUGGCGACAAUGUAUGUAUAAUGUUUACGUAGCAACUGUUUCAAUUUUUUUAGUUCAUUACGCCUCAAAAGCGCUACAUUUUUGAAGCCGAUUGUCAGUCCAUCAAGGGGUUGAUGAGGAUGUUGACUGAGCACUUUGGACCCUUUAAAAAGUUGAGCCAAAAUGAUCGGGUAAGCAGAACCAUCAAUAUUUUCAUAACGAGCAUGGAUGAUUGCCACUGCACCGUGCAUAAAAAACCUAUUUUUGUCGCGGUCCGCACUACGCACAAAGCACUCCGUUUUGCACCGUGCAUUUCACUUGUUUUGUUUUCGCACUGUGCAUAGAAAUAUCGCUGCGACAUAAGCAAGUUUCAUUGUCACCGCGGCGGCGCCAGGAACUUGCACAGUUCAAACGGCUUCUUUGAAGUUUGCACUGUGCAAAAAAGGAUAACGCACUGUGCACUAGCGAUGAGCGUGGGAAAAACUCAGAAUGCACUGUGCGGAAGCAAAAAAUGUUCAUGCACCUUACGAAAAUACGAACAUACCACGUAGAAUUCUUCGCUUCCAGAUCAACGUGUUGUCACUUGCCCACCCGGAGAUUAGAUUUUACCACGAGUGCUGUCUGACGAGUCAGGUCUGUCCCAGCACCACCGAUCCGAAGGUGGUGUUUUCGCCGGUUUACUGGGCCGACCUGACCAAUAUCAACUUCAAGUGGUGGUUUAAGGACUAUCUGAACCCCGACGAGAUGGACUGGUAUUUCAAGUAAGGUCUAUUUUGUUGGCGCUUCUGAUAAACAAAGUCUUUCAAGCGUCGAACAUAGAAGCUUAGAUACGUCAAAAAAUUUUUUUUUUUUUGUGUUCAGAACGGCCCUCAUUCUUCAGUCUGUUGGGAAAAUAUUGAGCAUAAUGUUGCUGCGUCAAUCGCGGCGGUAAAUGAAGAAAAACUUUAUUUUUUCACGACGCGAUUAAUUUUCUGGGCGACGAUGCGAUGCGCAGAAUCGGAAAUUACUGCAACUUCCUUGUUGGUUUACAAAAGUUGAGACUCUUUGUAGAACGAAAAAUGCAUUGCAGUAGUAAAUUACUCCCAAAUUUUCAAGCCGAAAAUCGCAAUAUUUUGACAACUUUAGAAAUCUUGUAUACGCCCUAGGAAAUCCUGCUUCAAAUUUCGACCAGUUUUUAUCCAUUUUUAUUUGCCAAACGGUAAAGACCUUGCCUGUCAGAGACAAAAGAGCUUAUUCUUUGAGAUUUUAUUGUAUUCAGAACCUGUUGCAUAGAACGCUCAAGUCUCUACAACUCGUUUCAGGACGAUAAUGCCGUUGGCCCCGAUGUACGUGGGACUCAUCAACGAGUUCAAAAAGCUCGGGAUGCAAAAAGCGGACGCGGUGGUCCUGAUGUUCUUGGCGUUAUAUAAACACAGUAAGCCAUCACUGCUUUUGCAUUUUUGCGCUUUCUUUAGUUGAGUUCCGCGACCUGCUCUCCAAAGAAAUGAAGGCUUUCAAGGACCGGGUGAUGGCGGAGUGGUCGAUACACUUGAAGCAGCGGUUUGGGGACAAGGCUCCGGAACGGUUGACCAAGUUCAUGAUGUUCUACGGGAAAGUUGAUGUAAGUGUUUUGACUGCCAUGGCUGUCUUAGCCGUUAUGGCUCGCUGGGCCGGCAGCGGUUUUAAAAACAGCGACGAUUGGAGAAAAUAGAAUCAUUUUUCGCUUUUUUGGCUAGGUAAAACCAUACUUUGCUAUCUCGUUCUUACAAAAAGUUUUCUUAUAAUCUCUUUCGACCUGGCAUGCCCUUAUCACUGCAGUCUGUUUUACACAUCCUUUUCAGAAGAUGCACAUGGACACCGCGCACUCCCGCACCCAGCUGAAAGUUCUGCGCAACGGCAAGUCCGACUUUUCCGAUUGCCUCAUCGAAGAGGAGUUGAUGAGGUUGAAGAUUGGAGAGUGA